AGUUCAACCGUAUUUUUAAAUGUCAUGUAUCAAACGUCAUUGAUAUCUUCUGUCAUAUGUCAUAAUCGUCAUUGUUUUGAGUUGCGAUGGAAUUUAUCCAAGGCAAAAAAUAAAUUACGUUUUAAAUACUUCUCAAUAACCAAUAAAUUUUGUCAAUUGGAAAACCAAAAUCCCAACGUUUAUAAAACAACUGAUGACAGAACAGCCACUUUGGAUGAAGAGGAUGACACUGUAGUGGAUGAAUUUGAUCAAAGAGAAAUAUUUGAUUUAAUCAGAGAUAUCAACGACCCAGAACAUCCACUAUCUUUAGAACAAUUGCAUGUUGUCCAGGAAAAUCUCAUCAGCAUUGAUAAUGGAAAGAAUUCAAUCCUUAUCAACUUUACUCCAACUAUUCCGCACUGUAGUAUGGCCACACUGAUAGGUCUGUCCAUAAGAGUGAAAUUACUUCGGUGCCUGCCUUCGAGAUUCAAAGUAAGAGUUGAAGUUACCCCAGGAACGCACAACGCUGAACAUCAAGUCAACAAACAGUUGGCCGAUAAAGAACGAGUAGCAGCAGCUUUAGAAAAUUCUCAUCUUAUUAAAGUUAUUAAUCAGUGUAUCGCUUCAAGAAAUAGAGGCUAAAAUGAGUAA